AAAAUGUAUCUGACAUUAGGGGAUCACUUUACAAACAACUUUAUUAUUUUUCGUAUAUCUUGAAAUCUUCAUUAAAAUAAUAAUAUUAAACUUUGAUCGGUUCCAACAAAACCACAACUGCCAGUGAAUGUCAGACCGAUAACAUAUUCAGUCCAAUUAAAAGAUGAGUUGCUUGUAUUGCGUAUACACUUUUUUGUAGGCAAAAUAAGGAGUAUGUCUUUUCACAAAGUCUACCAACACAAUACAAUAUGGUAACCAAUCUCCCCACCCCUCCUUUUUUUUUCUUUUUUCUUUUUCUUUUUUUUUCUUCUUCUUUUUUUUUUUUUAAGGUGUGGUGCUGUGCGGCUGCCCUCCUAUAAUUUUCACCCAGCGAGUACACUGCUAUGUAAAAUAUAGGCAAAGUCGAAAAUGGUCAAUUGAUAUAAGUUGGGUAUUUAGAUUCAAACUGGUAUGCUUGUCAGUUUCACAAAAUGUUUGUAUUGUUGAACUUUUCAGGAUAAGAAGCAAUUGAGUGUGUUCCCGGUGAAGACAUCAGAAAGAUGGGUAAAGGCAGUAAAGGUGUGGUGAACGGUAUAGACAGAGAGAUUCGAACUGUCACGCUUGAUGAUGUCAAGCAGCACGAUCGCCGCGACGACAAGUGGCUUGUGAUUCAGGGAGAGGUGUACGACAUCACAAAGUGGUCGAAACGACAUCCAGGUGGAAGUCGACUCAUCAGUCACUUUGCUGGUCAGGAUGCCACGGAUGCAUUCCGCGCUUUCCAUAAAGACCUGACAGCAGUAAGAAAAUACCUGAAACCCAUUCACAUUGGAACGCUACCUGAAUCUGAACGCAACGACACCGAGCUACAAACAGACUUUAGAGAGCUGAGAAAAACAGCAGAGGACAUGGGCCUGUUUACGCCAAGCAUUUUGUUUUUUGCUGCACACCUGGGCCACAUCUUGAUGUUCGAAGUCCUCGCUUACCUUGUUCUUGCUUACUUGGGAGUCGGCUGGUGGCAGAUCAUGUUAUCGAUGGCAUGCUACACCAUUGUAGAGGCACAAACUGCCUGGAUACAGCAUGAUUUCGGUCACCUAUCCGCAUUUAGUAAUAGAUUUAGUUCCAAAUGGGACCAUCUUCUUCAUUAUUUAGUAAUGGGAUUUCUACAGGGGCAGGUUGGAUGGAUUCAGCAUGACUUUGGCCAUUUAUCCGUUUUUCCUAAAUCUUACUUGGAUCAUUUAUUUCACUACUUCACUGUGGGCUUCAUUAAGGGUGCAUCUCCAGCCUGGUGGAACCACAUGCAUUACCAGCAUCAUGCCAAGCCAAAUGUAAUGGGAAAGGAUCCCGAUGUGAGGAUAGAGAAGUUGUUUGUUGUUGGAAAAGUCAUGCCAGUUGAGGUUGCUAAGACGAAAAGUGGAGGAUCUAUGCCAUACAACUGGCAACACAGAUAUUUCUUUAUAAUUGGCCCUCCAUUACUGUUCCCGGUGUAUUUCCAGGUGAUGCUCUUCAGACAUAUGUUCACUCGAAGGUUAUGGUGGGAUUUGGCUGUUGUUGCUGGAUUUUUCAUAAAGUUUUUCUACCUGUACACACCUUUGAUUGGUUUCGGAGGAGCUGUUGCAUACUACUUCACUGUCAGAAUGUUUGAGAGCAUGUGGUUCACGUGGGUGGCCCAGUCCAACCACAUCCCCAUGGAGAUCAAGCCCGACGAGGCGGAGCCGUGGAUGGUGGCCCAGCUCCGGGCAUCGUGCAACGUCGAGCCGUCAUUCUUCAACGACUGGUUCACGGGGCAUCUCAAUUUUCAAAUCGAACACCACUUGUUUCCCACAAUGCCUAGACACAAUCUCCACAAAAUCACUCCACUGGUGAAGAGUCUAUGCAAGAAACAUGGCCUCGAUUUCCAAGUGAAGUCACUGUACAGAGCCUUCGCUGACAUUGUUAAAUCGCUUGAGCAUUCUGGACAACUCUGGUAUUCGACAUACAAGGCCUACCACAGUUCUUAAUGGAGACAGUUCCAGUUCAGGGUAGCCGAGAACAUUGUAACCUGUUAAAGAUGGACAAUAUGUUUUUACACUCUAGCCAUGAAUUAGGUUGAAGCAACGUUUGAUUCAUCAUGUGCUUUUGUAUGCCUGUAGAUAUAACUAGGCAGGGUUAACAACAAUAGAUUCAAAUUUCCCACUGCCUUAGUUUCUCGUUAGGAAAGUGCACACUAAUUGAUAUCAAGUUUAUUAUGUGUCCUUUUCUAUGUGUGUAGAUAACUAAUGCUUUUUCUUUUCCUUUUUUUAUCUAUUAAUUUUUGCACCCCUUUGUUUCUAGUUAACAAAGAUUUUUUUGCAUUUCAAUAUAUUAAAGAUGUGAUAUUUUCACAAGAAUAUUUCUUUUGGUGAUGAAUUAAAACAAAUGAAGGGUAUUGUGAACAAUAUAUAUAUAUUUAUUUGAUUAAAUAAUUUUUGUAAAUUUCUGUACAGAUUUAUUUCCCCCCUUAUUUUUGUAUAACUAAACCUUGAUUUACCUGCUUUUUGGCUGUUCCCUUUUAAAAGUCGAUAUCACAUUUUGUCCAUAUAUUUUUGUACUUGCUUAAUGCGAGUUAAUUUAAUUUGAAUUUUGAAACAAUUUCAGAGCUUCUAGAAUUGUUUAUAAAUCCACUGGCCAUGGGAUCAAUGAUUUAAAAAAUUUACUAGCCACAAUUAAAAAUUCACUAGCCCUACUUUA